AAGCAAGCAAGAGAGAGAUCUAACAAGAUCCAAACUAGUGGUCUUUUUUUCCCGAUGCUUUCCAAUCGCAGUACGAAACUAAGCCCGGCAUCGGACGGUGAGCGGGACGCACCGGGCAACAACAGGACACAACGCAGGAGGAUAUGUGAAGUUGGAAUCCCUCUAAACUAAUGCUGUGAAGUGGCUCUGUCCCUGGAGCCAAGACUUCAUCCCCUUGGUGUCAGCGAGGAUGCUGUGGGUUACCUUGCUGAGCACCAUAGCCUUAGGAUGGACCACCCCAAUCCCACUACUAGAGGACUCCGAGGAGAUCGACGAGCCCUGCUUCGAGCCCUGCUACUGCGAGGUCAAAGAGGGCAUCUUCCACGUCCACUGUGACAGUAAAGGAUUUACAAAUGUCAGCCAGAUCUCCCAGAUAUGGAGCCGGCCCUUCAAGCUCAACCUGCAGAGAAACUCCAUGAGGAAGCUUUACUUUAACAGCUUCCUCCAUCUCAACAAUGCCAUAUCUAUUAAUCUGGGUAACAACGCCUUGCAAGAUAUCCACGCUGGUGCAUUCAAUGGCUUAGGAAUACUCAAACGGCUGUUCCUACAUGAGAACAAACUAGAAGUUUUCCGGAACGACACUUUUCUCGGGUUGGAGAGUUUAGAGUAUCUCCAGGCGGACUACAAUGUUAUCAAAAGGAUUGAAAGUGGUGCAUUCAGACACCUUCACAAAUUGAGAGUUCUCAUACUAAAUGACAAUCUGAUACCUGUGCUCCCAAAUUAUCUUUUCCGGUCUGUGUCACUCACACAUCUGGACCUGAGAGGAAACAGACUAAAGACAUUGCCAUAUAAGGGCAUGCUGGAGUAUGUCGGGCGGAGCUUAAUGGAAAUCCAGCUGGAGGAGAACCCCUGGAAUUGUGUGUGUGAGAUUGUUCAGUUAAAAACAUGGCUGGAGAGGAUUCCUUAUACAGCUCUGGUGGGUGAGAUCACAUGCGAGUACCCAUUCCACUUACAUGGGAAAGACUUACGGGAAAUCAAGCGCAGUGAGCUCUGUCCAACGCUCUCCGAUGCAGAGAUUGAAGUCAAGCUGGGAAUUCCCCACAUUCCAUUCAGCAAUGAGAACACAUGGCCUACUAAACCUUCCUCCAUGCUCUCCUCCUUUCACAACACAGCGUCUUCUGUGGAAAACAAGGGAAAAGUUGUCAAGCCUACCAAACGACCUCGGCCCACAAAGAACCCCCCAACCCCUCGUAGCAUUUACCCAGGCAUCAACCAGCCUCCCAUUGCUGGCUACCAAACAAGGCCUCCUAUCCCAAUAAUUUGUCCAGCUGGAUGUAUUUGUAACCUUCACAUCAAUGACCUGGGGCUAACAGUGAACUGCAAAGAGAAAGGCUUGCACAAUAUCUCCGAACUCCUGCCACGGCCCCUCAAUGCCAAGAAAUUGUAUCUCAGUGGGAACCUAAUACAGAAAAUCUACCGUUCCGAUUUCUGGAACUUCUCAAGCUUGGAUUUACUGCAUUUAGGGAACAAUCGGAUAUCAUAUGUCCAGGAGGGCGCCUUUAUCAACCUGCCAAACUUAAAAAGUUUAUAUCUGAAUGGGAAUGACAUUGAGAGACUCACCCCUGGGAUGUUUAGGGGGCUUCAGAUGUUGAGUUAUCUUUACUUUGAGUAUAAUGUCAUACGUGAGAUACAACCUAACUCCUUCUCCCUAAUGCCAAAUCUCCAGCUGGUUUUCCUCAAUGACAACCUGUUACGAUCCCUCCCCACUGAUGCCUUUGCUGGCACCAACCUUGCACGCCUCAAUCUCCGCAACAAUUACUUCCUUUCCCUGCCUGUGCAUGGUGUCCUGGAGCAUCUGACCUCCAUCGUCCAGAUCGAUCUCCAUCAGAACCCCUGGGACUGCUCCUGUGAUAUUAUCCCUCUCAAACAGUGGCUGGAAAAGCUCUCCUCUGUCAUUGUGGUUGGCGACGUCAUCUGCAAGACACCUGAGUUUGCUUUUGGGAAGGACCUGCGUUCACUGGAAGUUGAAGUCAUCUGUCCUGAGCUUAAGUAUUCCUCAGGGCCCUCACCGGCCCUGCCUGGUGUGGUUGACCUCACCACAGGGAGCUCCAACAUGGGAGAGGCAAGUGGGAGAGAUGCUGUCCCACUGUCUGUCCUCAUUCUCAGCCUACUCAUUCUCUUUAUUUCUGCUGUGUUUGUGGCUGCUGGGCUUUUCGCCUUUGUUCUCCGCCGCAGGAAGAAGUUGCCCUUCCGCAAGCGCUCUGAAGUGGAUCUGACAGGGAUCCAGAUGCAGUGCAGGAUUUUUGAGGACCCACCAAGGCAAAGUAGUACCGGUAACACUGGCACACCAGAGAAACCAACGCCCAGUAUGCACACACACACUCACACCAGUCACACACAUGCCCACGGUCACGUUUAUGACUACAUCCCCCACCCUGUGACUCAGAUGUGUAACAACCCCAUCUAUAAGCCAAGGGAGGGGGAAAUAGCAGAGGAAGAGCGAGGGCAGUUUUCAGAGAAGAAAGACAAUGGCAGCAGUAGCAACAGUAACUACAGAACCUUGUUAGAGAAAGAGAGAGAGUGGACCCUGGCCGUCUCCAACUCUCAACUCAACACCAUAGUCACAGUCAACCACACCACAGCUGAUAUGGCAGGAUUUCACGAGAAUGGCGGGCUCUGCCCUACAGUGAUUGACAGUCAGAUGCCCACACCAACUGUGGGCUUUGUAGACUGUCUGUAUGGGACAGUACCCAAACUAAAGGACAUGCAUGUGGCGCAUGCGCAUCCACCAGGCAUGCAGUACCCAGAUUUGCAGCAGGAUGCACAGCUGAAGGAGACAUUGCUUUUCACGGCGGGGAAAGGCUGUUACCCCGACCCGUCCCAAAGCGAUUACCUCGAGUCAAGGGCCAAACUUCAAACCAAGCCGGAUUACCUCGAAGUAUUGCAAAAAUCUUAUCGGUUUUAACAUCUCUAGCCCAAUGGAGAAAAAACAAAACACAAAAUCAACACAUUCACUUUGCCACCCUCAAAACACAAUCACCCAAAACCAAUAUUGAAAAAAAUAAACUUGAAAAAGCAGCAUGAUAUAAAAUAAAAUAUUAUAUUACAGUUACAACAAUGUUUCCCCCCCAAAUCACUUUGGAGGAGAGGCCAUUCUCAGAUAUUUCAAUGAAGUGCCUUUUUUUCAGAGUAGCCAGCAAUGUCAACAGCCGUUAUUUUUAUAAUAUAUAAAUAUCUCUAUAUGCCCCGGAGAGAGCAAAAGAGGAACGAGAGGGGCACCGGGGAAUAAAACAUACAAAACAUCCUAAAAUUCAUCUGUCGCUAAAACCCCUUUUUAUGGAGUUACCAUGAUGAGACGCACGGGAGCUGGACGUCUCCCUGACUUGGGGGUUUUCUUUCCGUCUCUUUUACCCCUGACUAGGAUGUACAAACACCCGGAGGCCGUGCACAUAGUUUGUAGGAAAUGAUCGAAAGAGAGAAAGAAAAAAACAUAUAUUAAAAUGAACUGCAGUUUGCGGCAUGCACUCGCUUCAGUGCAGGAGGCGAGGGGAUUUACUCAGAACUAUCACAUCACAUUAUGAACAGAGAUACUGCAACGCAUUUACAGUUCAGUGUUC